AUGGGUAGGGUUAUCAGGGCUCAGAGGCGCUCGCAUGCCAUCUUCUCGGCACACACCCACCACAACAAGACCCCGGCCCAAUUCCGUGCCCUCGACUUCGCCGAGCGCAACGGUUACGUUCGCGGGAUUGUAAAAGAGAUUAUCCACGACGCUGGCCGUGGUGCUCCCCUCGCCCGUGUCGUUUUCCGCGACCCCUACCGCUACAAGCUCCGCAAGGAGACUUUCAUCGCCACUGAGGGUCUCCACACCGGUGCCUACGUCUACUGCGGAAAGAAGGCCGCCCUCUCUGUCGGCAACGUCCUUCCCGUCUCUGCCCUCCCCGAAGGUACCAUCAUCUGUAACGUUGAGGAGAAGGUUGGUGACCGUGGCGCUCUCGCCCGCACCUCCGGCAACUACGCCACCGUUAUUGGACACACCCCUGAGGAGAACAAGACCCGCAUCCGGUUGCCCUCUGGCGCGAAGAAGACUGUCAGCGGUGGUGCUAGGGCUACCGUUGGUAUUGUCGCUGGUGGUGGAAGGAUCGACAAGCCUCUCUUGAAGGCAGGCAGGGCCUUCCACAAGUACAAGGCCAAGCGUUACAACUGGCCCCGCACUCGUGGUGUUGCUAUGAACCCCGUCGACCAUCCUCACGGUGGUGGUAACCAUCAGCACAUCGGAAAGGCCUCUACCAUCGCUCGCUCUGCCGUCCCCGGUCAGAAAGUCGGUCUUAUUGCCGCUCGCCGGACUGGUCUCCUCCGUGGUUCCGUCAAGGUCAAGGAGGCAUAA